AUGAGUCUUCGUGACCUGGUUGACGGGGAGGCGAGGAUGGACGACGACGACAAUGACGAGGAAGUCCCUGAUGACUAUGAUGGCGAGGGCGAAGGCGAAGGCGAAGUCCGCGAGGGUGCAGGCACCACCAACCAUUACAAUGAUUCCAGUGAGGAAGAGGAUGAAGAAGAGGACGAUGAAGAAGCCGCUCGCGCCGUUCGUGAGGGUUUCAUUGUCGAUGAAGACGAGGAAGACGAACGCGCCCAUCGCAGACACAAGAAACGCCCACGCGCGGCCCGCGAAGAAGAGCAUCUAGACGAAGAUGAUCUCGAGCUUAUUGGUCACACUCCCAGUCAACAGCGGGGGCCAGCUAAAGAGUCAAAAUUCAAGCGUUUGAAGCGAGGCAAAGACCGCGAGAGCCACCAGCCAUCCCACGGUGUCGAUGAUAUCUUCAAUUCCGACGAAGAAGAGGAAGCGCAGCAAUAUGCCCGUCCCGGCCAGCGCCGCGUCAUGCGCGAUGAAAUGGACGACUUCAUUGAGGAGGAUACCUUCUCCGACGAUGAGGCCCAGCGCGAACGGGAUGACAUGGAAGUUGCGCCUGCUUCCAGAGUUAACAAGACCGGAUUGAUCCCCACUGACACAUCAGGGUUGGACGAAAAUGCGCUUGAGGACAUGCGCGCUGCAUUCGGUGACGGUACUGAAUACGAUUUCGCACUCCAGAUGGAAGAACAAGAGGAUGCAGACAAACAGACCGAAGAACGCCAUCUCGAUUUGAAGGAUGUCUUCGAACCCUCCGAGCUCGCCGAGCGCAUGUUAACUGAAGAUGAUAACGAAAUUCGUCUCCUCGAUGAACCCGAACGACACCAGGUCGCCCGCAAGCCAUACAAGCAUGUCACAUUGACUGAAGAUCAGUUCCGAGAGGAAGCUGUCUGGAUUUCAAACCUAAUGCUGCUGAAGAAGCGCAUGGAGCCAGAAUUACGGGAACCUUUCCAGCGCUCUGUUGCCAAGAUGUUGGAGUUCUUGAUCACAGACGAUUGGGAAGUGCCGUUCAUUUUCCAACAUCGCAAGGACUACAUGAUUCACGCAGUCAAGGAAACGGACAAUAGCGGUAAUCCCGACGACGACUCCACACAAUACAGCAUCCGCGCCCAGAAGCUUCUCAACAUGACUGAUCUCUGGGACAUUUUCGACCAUGACCUCAAAUUCCGCGCUCUGAUUGAUAAGCGCGGUACCAUUCAAAAGUCAUAUGAUAGUCUGCGCGAGCUGUUUAAUGUCAAUGACUCCAACGUGGAGGAUCUACUGGCUGCCGCUAUCAGCAUGGAAGAGCUCCAGGACGUGCAAGACUACAUCCAUUUCCAAUACUCUUCACAAUUACGGGAUUUGAGCCAGCUUAAUGGCGAAGCCAAUGGAGAGGCGCAACGCCGAAAGGCAACCGGUCGUUCGUUCUUUGAACGUGUGCGAAACGGAAAGGCCUACGGCCUGGUGCGCAGCUUUGGAAUCACUGCGGAUGCCUUUGCUCAGAAUGCUUCCAAGGAGGGUCGCCGACAGUACACAGAAGAUCCUGCUGAGCAUCCAGACCAGAUGGCGGAUCAGUUUGUUGAUAACGACUUCUCCAACAGCUCGCACGUUCUCAUUGCCGCGAAGAGCAUGUUUGCUGAAGAACUUGUUCUCAGCCCCAAGAUGCGCAAGGUCAUUCGACAAGCCUAUUACAUGAACGGAGUUGUCGAUUGUUUCCGCACAGAGAAAGGUCUUCGUCGAAUCGAUGAUCAGCACCCCUACGCAGAGUUCAAAUAUUUGCGUAACCAACAACUCAGUGAUAUCGCCCGUCGACCAGAGAUGUUCCUGCGCAUGCUCAAGGCUGAGGAAGAAGGUCUGAUGGAUGUUCGCGUCCGCUUUGAGAACUUCGACCAAUUCCGCUCCCGCCUGUACACUGACAUCGAGUCCGACAACUACAGUGAACUUGCUGAUGCUUGGAACCGCGUCCGUCGCGAGGCGUUGGAUCUUGCUCUCGGCAAACUUGAGAAGCUGGUCAACCGCAGUGUCAAGGAGAACAUUCGCCAGGAAUGUGAGAACCAUGUGGCCAAGGAGUGUCGUGAGGCUUUCUCGCAGCGUUUGGAUCAGGGCCCCUUACAAGCCCAAGGGCAUGGCUCCGGGCAAGUGGGCCGGGAUCCCAUUCACUGGGCUUACACCGAAGAAGAUGGUCGUGUUUUGGAGAACGGCAAGUUCAUUGACCUCUCCCUGGGAGACGAGAGUCGGGGCAUUGCAGACGGCGCCAACGUCGCCGCUUUUGUGGAGCUGAUUGAUCGCCGCCGGCCGGAUGUCAUUGGUGUUUCAGGUAUGACGCCAGAGACUAGGCGGUUGUACAAGACUCUCUCAGAGCUUGUCGAGCAAAAGGACAUGCGCGGUGCUUCCUACACAGAUGACCGUGACGAGGAAGUCAGCGACCCUCUCGAGGUGGUCAUUGUUAACGAUGAGGUUGCCCGAUUGUACCACAACAGCCCUCGUGCUCGGAGUGACAACCCUGGCUUCGGGCCGUUGACCCACUACUGUGUUGGUCUGGGUCGUUACCUGCAGAGCCCCCUCAAGGAAUACGCCUCUUUGGGUCGUGACAUUGUCUCCAUUCAAUUCAAGCCAGGCCAGAACCUUGUGUCUCAGGAUCUGCUUCUCAAGCAGCUGGAAACCGCCCUGGUCGAUAUGGUCAACUUGGUUGGUGUCGAUCUCAACGAGGCAGUGGCUGACACCGCAUCUGCCAACCUCUUGCCCUAUGUCUGUGGUCUUGGACCCCGAAAGGCCGCUCACCUCCUCAAGAUUGUCAACAUGAACGGUGGUGUUGUGAACAACCGAGUGGAAUUGCUUGGUGUUAAUGCGCAAUACCCAGCGAUGGGUGUCAAGGUCUGGAACAACUGUGCCAGUUUCGUCUACAUUGACUUUGAGAAUGCCGAUCCGGACGCCGAUCCAUUGGACAACACUCGUGUUCACCCUGAAGACUACGAUAUUGCGCGUAAAAUGGCCGCCGAUGCUUUGGAAUUGGACGAAGAAGAUAUCAAGGCCGAGAACGACGAGAACGGCAAUGGCGCUAUCAUGCGAAAGCUCUUCCGCGAAGAGGCUCAGGACCGUGUCAACGAUCUGAUUCUGGAGGAGUACGCCGAGCAGCUGGAGAGCAACCUUAACCAGCGCAAGCGCGCCACUCUUGAGACAAUCCGAGCUGAAUUACAAUCACCAUAUGAAGAACUGCGCAAGCAAUUCGUCUUCCUUGGUACCGAUGACAUCUUCACCAUGCUCACUGGUGAGACUCUUGAAUCCCUCUCAAUCGGUAUGGUGGUACCUAUCGCCAUCAAGCGCGUGUUCGAGGAUCACAUCGAAGCCAAAUUGGACUGUGGAGUUGAUGUGCUCGUGGCUGAGACCGAACUGGGUGUUCCCGCCGAGAUCCCUGUGCGCAGCGCAUACCAGCCUCAUUCGACCGUUCCAGCCAAGAUUCUGUUCCUUAACCGCAAGGCUUUCAGUUGCAACGUGUCUCUGCGUGAGGACCAAGUCAGCCAUCCAGCUCGCCGAAACCAAGACCAUGGCUUUGGCGACUGGGAUGAUGUCCAAGAGCGAGCCGAUAAGGAAUCGCUACAAGAGAAGACUCAGCGUGGUGGCCAGGCCAUGCGUGUUAUCAAGCACCCCCUCUUCCGCCCAUUCAACUCCACCCAAGCCGAGGAGUUCCUGGGCUCCCAGGGCACCGGUGACGUUGUCAUCCGCCCAUCUUCUCGAGGUCACGACCACCUGGCAGUCACUUGGAAGGUGGCUCAGGGUGUGUAUCAACACAUCGAUGUGCUCGAGCUGGACAAAGAAAAUGAAUUCUCUGUCGGCCGUGUCCUCAAGGUCGGUGGUAAGUACACAUACAGCGAUCUGGACGACCUGAUCGUCAACCACGUCAAGGCCAUGGCCAAGAAGGUGGACGAGAUGGUUUUGCACGAGAAAUUCCGCAAGGGCAGCAGCAAGACCGAGACAGAUCAAUGGCUUGAGACCUACACCAAGGCCAAUCCUCGUCGCUCGGCUUAUUCCUUCUGCAUCAACCCCAAAUACCCCGGCUACUUCUUCCUUUGCUUCAAGGCAGGCGAGCAUGCGCGACUCCAAAACUGGCCCGUCAAGGUCAUCCCACAGGGCUUCGAACUCCAAAAGAACCCUUACCCCGAUAUGAACGCCCUGUGCAACGGUUUCAAGCUGAUGUUCAGCAAUAUGAGCCAGCGGAGAUGA